GACAGACAGACAGACAGACAGACAGACAGCGGGGCAUCGCCCGGCAGCCUCCUGACGGAGACAGACGCAGCGCGGGAAACGCACGCACACCCGAAGCGGGACCAUGGAGAGCGCAGGCAACAGCUCGGACGCGGAGCAGCUGCUCCAGCUGCCGCUGCUCUCGAGCAGCGGCUUCUGCCGGAACUGGACCGACAACAGCAACUUGACGGAGCCGCGGUGCGGCGGAGACCCGGGGCUGACCGGCAGCCUGGAGGACGACGCCAACCCCUUCAUCAUUGCCAUCAUCAUCACGGCUCUCUACUCCAUCGUGUGCAUGGUGGGGCUGGUGGGAAAUGUGCUGGUCAUGUACAUCAUCGUCAGGUACACCAAAAUGAAGACCGCUACCAACAUCUACAUCUUCAACCUGGCGGUGGCAGACACCUUGGUGACCAGCACGCUCCCGUUCCAGAGCGUCAACUACCUGAUGGGCACCUGGCCGUUUGGUGACGUCCUCUGCAAGAUGGCAAUGUCCAUCGACUACUACAACAUGUUCACGUCCAUCUUCACGCUCACCACCAUGAGCAUCGACCGCUACGUCGCCGUAUGCCAUCCUGUCAAGGCGUUGGAUUUCAGGACGCCACGCAACGCCAAGAUUGUCAACGUGUGCAACUGGAUUCUCUCCUCGGCCAUCGGGCUGCCCGUCAUGUUCAUGGCCUCCACCGUUGUGACUGACAAGCACUCUGGUAUUGACUGCAAGCUUAACUUCCCUCACCCUUCUUGGUACUGGGACACCCUGAUGAAGAUCUGCGUAUUCAUCUUUGCCUUCAUCAUGCCCGUCCUCAUCAUCACUGUCUGCUACGGCCUCAUGAUCCUGAGGCUGAAGAGCGUGCGGAUGCUGUCAGGAUCCCAGGAGAAAGACAGAAACCUGCGUCGAAUCACCCGGAUGGUCCUGGUGGUGGUCGCUGUCUUCAUCGUCUGCUGGACUCCCAUCCACGUCUUCGUCAUCAUCACGGCUUUGAUCAACAUCCCCAGCUCCACACUGCAGACCAUCACCUGGCACUUCUGCAUCGCCCUGGGCUACACCAACAGUAGUCUGAACCCGGUUCUUUACGGCUACCUGGAUGAGAACUUUAAGCGUUGUUUCCGUGAGUUCUGCACCCCGAGUCCUUCAGUGCUGGAGAUACAGAACUCAUCCAGAACCGGAGCCACCAGCCGCAAGGCCCCACAGAGAGAACGCAACACCACAAACUUGAGCGAACGAUCCAAUCAGCAGGUAUGACUAGGCUUGGAGGGGUCGUCGGUGGACUCUCGCUGUUGCGGUGGCGUCACCAACGACGAUCUCAACUCGGAGCUCACGCAGGUCACCACGGGGCUUUAAACCAACGCACAGAAACCACAUGAACACACGACGAAUCCAGAACC